AUGGCUGCCACAAGAAACGCAGCAGCACUGAGCAUGGCCAUCGUGCUGCUCACCGUGCAGCUUCUAUGGGCCGGUGGAUCGAUGGCCCAGUCGUCAGACUGCACGCCCUUGCUCCUCGGCCUGCAGCCCUGCCUCCCUUACAUCACCGGCAACACCUCCACUCCGGCGAAGACUUGCUGCACGCAGCUGGCCAACGUCGUCAAGGUAUCGCCCACGUGCUUGUGCCAGCUCCUCGAUGGCUCGUUUGGCGUCUCCGGCAUCAACCGGACGCGGGCUCUGGACUGCUUCCCCAAGUGCGUCCCCUGGAGAGAUUCCAUUACCAGCCACUCCGAGUUCUCCUGCAGAAGGAUCAGCAGGUGUGCCUGGAACUGGGAGCUCGGAUGGGAGCUCAAUCAAGGUGUCAACUUCUCUGCUGCUCUUCUCCUUCUUCUUCAUCGCGGCAGGCUCGUGUUGUUCUUCUGGAUCCAUGAGACACUGAUGUUCUUCCAGAUGAUCAGAAGGCUUUCAGCCAUCACUACAUUAUCAAUAUAUUAACUCUGUUUCUGAACCAUGAGCGAGAUUAGAAGUGUUCAAUAUAAAUGAGAAAGCUGAAUCCGGCAAUGGUUACUUAUUUCGUCUCCGCUACCAUUAGCAACAUGCGGUGUCUCUUUGCUUUAUCAAGCCACCAAAAUU